AUGCAGGCCUUGCGGCAGUUUGGUGAAAAGCUGAACACUGCUAUUCCGACCGUGCAAUCGAAAGUUGAACUCGAACGCUCCAACAUAGAUUCCACAGAUGGACUCGUUGCUUCACAGCCUCGCAGCAGGAGUGGAUUUUCCGUCAAGAACAUUCUUGCCGUCGAAGAUUUAGAUAGUGCACUACCCUCAAUACCGUGGUCCACCUCUCCUCGUCUACAUCACAACCUGUCACCAUUGAUAACUCCUUGUGCUACAUUUAGCCUGUCAUUGUGCUCGCUACCUGUGAUCUGGACGAGAAUUAACCCAGGAAUAGAAAGCCUUCAACGUCGGGCGAUAGUUGCAAACUUUAGUAUAAUGAACCAAUUAUCUGCAGGUAAGAGCACUGGCCUUUUUCCUUAGAACUGAUUCCAAGUAAUUCAAUCUCAAAUGCUUUCCUGAAGCCCCUGUGUUGACCCCUGAAAAUGUAUCCUUGUUGCGUCAUAUAUUUGAUCAGACGCAGAGUGACUGAUCGUCAUGUCUUUAGUUAGACUUCUUGGCUUGUGAAGACUUGUGCCUUCCAUUGCCUUUUAGUACUACAGCCUUUGACGUACAUUCAGUACAAUAUCCAAAAAGAAAAAAAAUUAGACUUUUUGUCUGUUCUAAGGGAGACGGUGCAGGAAGCAGAGAGGAGUCAAGCAUGGAACAUGCCGGAUUUAUCAGUUGUUCACGGGCUUGGGAACCAAAAAAAUGUCAUUCAGAUCUCGGUUAAAUCGAUGUUCUCCAUGAAGUUUUGCUCGAAGAUUAAUCUCUAGUCUUCAGCUACUCGGUCGUACAAUAUUAUUGGAAAUUUCAUAAUUGAAAUGGCUAUUCACUCAGUGUUGAUUAUUAUUUCCCUUCUCGUUUUUGUAUUAUCUUGUUCGUCUAAUAUGGAGAUAAACGUGGGUACACUUAUAAUAGGUUUAACUGGUUUUUCUUUAUGGUGUUGUUUCACCUUUUCAAGGAUUUGCAUUGUAUGCAAAUCUCCAGAGAAGACGAAUUUCGACCAAGAAAAAACAGCGACCUAUGUUUUCACAACAGCAGGUGAAAGCCAUAGAAAAUGAGUUAGCGAAGCAUCGUUACAUCACCGAGAAUAAACGUGCUGAACUCUCCUCAACAUUGAACCUAACAGAAAUGCAAGUAAAAACAUGGUUCCAGAACAGGCGAACUAAGUGGAGAAAAGACCUUCAAAACUGA